GCUAGUGUUCGCGCAUACACAGCAUGGAGUUCCGAUUCUCCUGAUGAGAGGGACGGAGUACGGAGCGCCGACAUCAAGGCACUGUCGAGGCACGCACAAAAGCGCACCAUCAAUUCACUGUUAGUGAAUUUUCGAACUUCGCACUUUGAUCCGUAUUCUACACUUGGCACAUGCACAGUUCUCUUCCACACGCACGCUUCCUCUUGCCUGGGAUGCUGAAUUAAGGCAGAGAAACCAAAUUUAUGUUUUCUAUAAAACAUACGGUCUAGUAUUAUUUGCUUAUCAUAAUGAGAGUUCUUGCCUUUGUAAAGCAAUGGUUGGUGGUACACCUUUUGUUUGCCAUCACAUUUUUUACAUCCGGCUUGAUAAUAAAUUUCUUCCAAUGCAUUUUAUACCUUGGACUGAAGCCCAUUUCAAAGUACUUCUACCGCAAGAUUAACUAUUAUCUCUGUUAUUCCUUUUACUGUCAAUUGGUAUUUAUGGCAGAAUGGUGGGCAGGAUCAGAACUGAUAUUAUAUAUAGAUAAGGAGGAUUUUAAUAAAUAUUUCGGUAAUGAACACGGCUAUCUUCUGAUGAAUCAUUGUUACGAAACCGAUUGGUUAAUAGGUUGGCUGUUAUGUGAUCGCGUGAGAUUGCUAGGUAACUGUAAAGCUUAUGCUAAGAAGUCGAUACAAUAUAUUCCUACGUUAGGAUGGGCAUGGAAAUUCGCUGAGAGUAUCUUCCUCGAGAGGAAUUGGGAGAAAGAUAAAGAGAAUAUUAAACUUCGAAUCAAGGAGCUUGUCGAGUAUCCUGAUAAAAUGUGGUUGCUGCUCUAUCCCGAGGGUACGCGUUUUACGCCAAAAAAGCUAGAAGCGAGUCAGAAAUUUGCCAUCGAAAAAGGUCUGCCAAUAUUAAAAUAUCAUUUAACGCCACGCACAAAGGGCUUUACCGCCAGCAUUCCACAUAUGAGAGGCAAAGCAACGGCCAUCUAUGAUGUUCAGAUAGCAUUCAAACCAUCUGAUCCUGUGAAACCGACUAUGAAGAAUCUUCUUUUUGGAAAACGACUAGAAGGAUAUUUGUAUGCUAAAAGAAUUCCAAUUGAGGAAGUACCAGAAGGAGAUGAAGCGGCUGCUGAAUGGCUGCAGACGCUUUAUCAGCAAAAGGAUCGUAUGGCGGAGAGCUUCUAUGAAACCGGUGAUUUUUUUGCUACGAGCGGAGUACCUAGGAUAGGUUCGUUCAGGCUAAAGAGAAGAUAUUAUUCUCUUGUUAACACUAUUUGCUGGGCGAUAGUUGUUCUUGUACCAAUGCUAUAUUACCUCCUAAGGCUCCUGCUAUCUGGCUCGAUCUUUGGCAUUACUGUCGCGGUCGGGGUUAUCUUUGUAUUUUAUGUGCUAAUGUACAAAACUCUGGGAAUGUCGGAAAUAAGCAAGAGUUCAUCGUAUGGUACGGAGGAUACAAAAAAGGACAAAUAAUUUCAAAACAAUUGCUUUAUGAGAGAUUCCCGUAAAAAAAUAGAAGUAUCAAAACAAGGAUCGAAGAAAUAGAUUAUACGAUUAUACAAUUUGGAUGAGAAGAGUAACAAGAAAGAAGAUUGGAAAAGAAUACAACAGAUACGUAUAUAUUUGAUUUAUACUCUUGUGUAAUCCAUUCGGUGCGCGCAAGCGCACAUGCAAUAAAUGCGUUUUCUGUAUGGAUUAAAUAUGUAACACAUAGACUUACACAUACUUAAUAUACAGAGUAUUCUGAAAUUCACGAAUAAAAAUACAACAUUAAGAAAGUUUCUAAAAAAUUAAGUAAAACAGUUAUUUGUAAAUUUUUAUUUUAAGCAAUAGUUUUGUAAAAUAAUAAGAGUUUAAAUAUGACCAAUUGCAGACUACAUUUGAACGCUGAAGUGCAUGUUUAUUAAUAGUGUUUUUCCUUGAGAUGCACUGAGUGAAGUCUUCCUCCCAAUUGACUUUCAUUUUCAAUUUUAAAUAUCACACUGACUGUACACUAUUCCUUUGUUGAGAUGGUGUAGCAAAAUCUCUGCACUUCGUGCAUAUAACUUGCUCUAUACCGUAAUCACGGAAACCCCUACAUCCAAAUUAGUAAUACAAAUGAAUUUGCCUACGAUCAGCUAUGGACAUGCUACAUUGUCUAAUAACGUUUCCUACUAGGAGAACUAGUGCAUACUGAGUGCAAUUUUAUUGUUUCACUGUCAUCAGUUAAAAAUCAGUUCACAUAUUUUUUUAGUGUUUAAUAUUCCAUUGAUAAAACUGAUGCAAACACUUGUAGUAAAUUCAGUUUUUUUUCUAUCAUCUUUGAAGUGGAGACCAGUGCAGUUGAAAUUGAGGUUGUGUUAAAGUAUGAUGUUAUGUUACGAUAUGAUAUUACAUUAUUCUAAUUAAUGUCAACAAUGACAUUGUGUUAAUUUUCUAAUAAUAAGAUGUUUCUAAUAAUAGCUACGCAAUGAUAUUUUGAUAUUUAAAACUCU